GGGCAUGCUUCUUUAGACUACAAUUCGAUGACCAGAGGUCACAGAUUUUCAAGUUGGGCUAAUCCCGCUUCGCUCGCCGCUACUAGGGGAAUCCUGGUUAGUUUCUUUUCCUCCGCCGACUGAUAUGCUUAAGUUGAGCGGGUGGUCUCGUCUGAACUCAGGUCGAACUUUGAAAUCAAAGUGGGUAAGCAGCAGUGUCAAGUCAAAGGCAUCAAUGGCAUGCGACACGAGGUCACCUACCAGCUUGACAGCCUUCCCUCUUUCGAGGGUACAGACUAGUCACCACGUCUAUUCUACAGCAGACUCGCUCAGAGUAAUUACCAAGCGAGACUGCCAGCUCUGCCAGUCAACCCCAAAGGGAGAAAGGCAAGAAGGGUCAACCGACGCUGAGGCAGACGUGCCCUUGGCCGAAGCCUUGGGCGCAAUAUGCGUUCAAAGACUCGAUGAUUCACGGAAUUCUGCAAUUCACAUUAAGUAUCGCAUUUCGCUGCGUUCUUCAUCGAUGUGGGAGCCAAGAUAUCCGUUGUUGAGAGUUGUCUCGGUUGUGAAGAGCAGCUUUACAGAUUGGUCACCGGUUGAAAAGAUCAAUAGAUUCAAUGAUCCCUCCGCAGGUUCACCUACGGAAACCUUGUUACGACUUCUCCUUCCUCUAGAUGGGAGGGUUCAACGAACUUCCCAGCUGCAGGUGGCGGAGAACCACCACUUGCAGCCAGUCCGAGCGCUUCACCAGCACAUCCAAUCGGUAGGAGCGACGGGCGGUGUGUACAAAGGGCAGGGACGUAAUCAACGCAAGCUGAUGACUUGCGCUUACUAGGCAUUCCUCGUUGAAGACUAAUAAUUGCAAGAGUCUAGCCCCAUCACGAUGCAGUUUACAAGAUUACCCGGGUCUCUCGACCAAGGCUGAGCUCGUUGAUUGCAUCAGUGUAGCGCGCGUGCGGCCCAGAACAUCUAAGGGCAUCACAGACCUGUUAUUGCCUCACACUUCCAUCGGCUAGUCGCCGAUAGUCCCUCUAAGAAGCGCAU